GCCUGUACAACAGAUCAGGAUCAUGAUCCUGCAAACAAGGAAAGUUCUAUGACAGUCAAUCAAGAAGGAAAGCCAAAGAAAUCUUCCAUUCAAUGCAGAAACUCUCAAUCAAAGCUGAAAAUAUUCAAUCACAGCAAUGGACUCAAUCACAGCAAGAAUUCACAAUCAAGAUUAAUUGCAAUAACUUAGGAUUUUACCGUUGGAUGGGAGACCAAAGGGAGGACAAUUGCAGAAGCUGCCUGAACGAGACGGUCGUCGAGCUCCAGCAGCAAUGUCCCAGCUACAAAGAGGCGAUCGGGUGGUCGGAAUGCUGUACGGCCCGCUGCUCAAAUCAACAACUCUAUGGAUCCAUGAAAGGCAGUCCUUUCGCUAUUAUUUCUCAUGUUAACAACACCUCGCAUGUUGAUGGGUUCAAUCAGGCGUUGAGCUCUUUGUUGACUAAUUUGAGCAGUCGUGCUGCAGCCGAAGGCUCUCUUCGCAAGUAUGCGGUGGAUAAAGUGAUGGGUCCGGGAUCUCCUUUGACUGCUACGGGAAGAUCGGAUGCAUGCAGAGUUCUGCAACCCAGCUGUAAUUUAAGAUACGAGACCGAUGUAUUUUUUGCAGCCAUAGAUGACAUUCCCCAGCCAUCACCACUGCCGUCCUCACCCCAGCGAACGGGAGCUGCUGAUGGAUUGAUCACGGCUGAGUCUUUGCAAUAUGACUUAGCCACUGUCCGGGCAGCAACUAAGAACUUCUGUGAAGAAAAUAAACUAGAACAAGGUGGAUUCGGAGCAUUUUACAAGGGCAAGCUUCCACAUGGACAAGAUAUAUAUAGCCGUAAAAAGGCUAUCCAGGGCUUCUAGACAAGGAGAUUUAGAAUUCAAAAAUGAAGUCCUCUUUGUGGCCAAACUUCAACAUCGGAAUUUGGUUAGACUUCUUGGCUUCUGCUUGAAAGGAGAUGAAAGACUUCUAAUCUAUGAAUCUGUGCCAAAAACAAGCCUUGAUCAUUUCAUUUUUGGUAUGUGCCUUUUAGUUUUUGCUAUUGAUUCGACUUUCAAUUCUGUUCAUAAAUAAUUACAUUUGAG